AUGGGAAGCGCAUUCAGCAGCCUGUUGUCGCGGCUAUGGGAUAGCAACAAGGAACAUCGCAUCCUUAUUUUGGGCCUAGAUGGCGCGGGCAAAACCACCAUUCUUUACAAGUUACAAUUAGGCGAGGUGGUGUCAACGGUACCAACUAUUGGUUUCAACGUCGAAACACUCACAUACAAAAAGCUGCAGUUCAACGUUUGGGAUCUGGGCGGCCAAACAACCAUCCGGCCGUACUGGCGAUGCUACUACUCGGGCACCGCGGCGGUAAUUUUCGUGGUCGACUCGACCGACCGCGACCGCUUGGAGAUCAGUGCCAAUGAGCUGAAAACCAUGCUGGAGGAAGACGAGCUCCAAGACUCAGCACUACUUGUAUUUGCUAAUAAACAGGAUCAGCCCGGGGCGCUUGGCGCGUCCGAAAUCGCCAAAGCACUCGACCUUUCGUCGCUCAAGGACAGAUCCUGGACAAUUGUUGCAUGUUCAGCAAUCCGCGGAGACGGCCUCACCGAGGGCCUCGACUGGCUCGUAGAUAUGAUCAAAGACGAUUAA